UUUCUUCUACAGCGUAAAAACAUGGCGGAAAGGGACGUCGAAGUUUCCUUUAAAAAGGAUACAGUAAGCAAGCUGUUGUCUAGCUUCUUCAAGGAAGACAAAACAAAACUAAGCGGAGAUGCCACACUGCUCAUGGCAGAGAUGCUUAAAGUGUUUGUCCAAGAGGCUGCUGUGAGAUCACAGAAACAAGCCGAAUCUGAGGACUGUGACCAAGUAGAGAUUGAACAUUUUGAAAAGAUCCUACCCCAGCUGCUUCUGGACUUCUAGCGCAGUGAUGCCACAAGAUGGAGCCAGAGUGCUGUCAAUAUGUCUUCAGUUCAGCCCCUGCACUUCCACCAGCUGCAACUUUUCUUUUCCUGCUAUUUAUUUUUUCAGUAUUACUGCAUUUUCAUAAAUCCCCAAUUCUGAGAUAAUA